AGGACCGUUGCUGCCAAGCACCCAGACCAAGUAACAUCACAGAUCCCAAAGAGGGGAAUUGGGAUGGGGGUCUUGGAGGUGCAUGGAGAUUUAGGGGGUUGGGCACGGUGGUUUGUGGGGCCACCCUGACACCCUCUCUGUGCAGAGGCUGCCCCACAAGAUCCGUAAGCUGCACGCGGCGCUGGAGCGGAUGCUGGACCCAUCAUGGAACCACCGGGUCUAUCGUCUGGCCGUCGCCAAGCUGAGCCCCCCCAUCAUCCCCUUCGUCCCCCUCCUCCUUAAAGACUUGACCUUCAUCCACGAGGGCAACCGCACGCUGGCCGAGAACCUCAUCAACUUUGAGAAGAUGCACAUGAUGGCGAAGACGGUGCGCGUCCUGCAGCGCUGCCGGGGCCAGGCACACGCUCCGCUGUCCCCACUGCGGAAUCGCUCCCCACACCGACCAGAGGAUGCCAGGGCCGUCAGGAUCAGCACAUGCUCGGAGCAGUCGCUGAGCGUGCGGAGCCCCGUCUCCACCUGGGCGUAUCUGCAGCACCUGAAAGCCAUCGACAGCCAGAAGGAGCUGCUGCGGCUCUCCAGAGACCUGGAGUCCUGAUGGGCAGGAGGGAAAGGGAGCCAGGACUCAGCAGGGACGUGGCACUGUGUGUGCUGAUGGCACAGCAGCCCCGUGGCUCUGCUAUGGGAGCCAGACCUGUCCGUGCAGUCGGGAGCUCACGGGGGCUGUGGGCAGGUGAGGCCACGGACAGCAGGGUCUGCAGCCCCCACACAGUGAGCAAUAGAGGUAUUUUUGUAUGCAAGGCUGUGCUCACCUUAUUUCUCCACGCAGCAGCCUGCAUUCGCUCCUUGCGCUGUCGGGGUGCCCUGGGUGCCCCCAGCACCAAUGCUGCCUGCUCUGGGGGUGCUGCGCUCCAUCCCUCUGUCCUGUUUGCCCCCUGGGAUGUGCUGUGUCCUCCAUCUCAGCUCCCUGGAGCUGCAUGGACCCAGGAGCACAGCUUGGGCUAAGCUCAGCCACCUGCGUGCCUCGGUUUCCCCACGUGGACAAGGGAAGAACAGCAGCAGAGAUGUGACAGCCUCUGUUGUGGUGGGAGGAAGAUGCAGUGAUGGAGACGGGGAUCAGAUCAAGCUGUUCCCAAACCCCCACUCACCCUUCCCCGCACCUCUGGCUGUGCAUGGAGCAAUGAUUGUCCCAGUGCUAUAAGCAGGAGGAAUGGGGCUGUGGGCUUCAAGGCUGAUCCCUGCCCCUAAAGUCUUCCCACGUUUGCAGGGUACCAAGCAAGGCUGGGGUACAAGGGACCGGAGCACUGCUGAGUUCCACCUCACAGUUCAGGGGGUUGGGUUGCUUACAAUAAAAUUCCCCAUCACAGC